AGGAGGAGGAGGAGGGAAGCGGCUGCAUUGAGUUGCCACCAGACGGAAUUGCGUCGCUCGCUGCCCCCCCCCCCGCGCUUCCCACGUCUGCCGCUGAACUUGUUGCAGAGGGGAGAGCAAGGGGGGCUGGCCAGGAGCCGCCUCAGCGCCUCCGCACGAGCGCCGCGGGAGCCUCGGCCACUUUCAGGUCCCCUCCAUGCCCAGCGAGCGCUCCGGCCGGACUUCGCCCUCAGGAUUCCUCUUAUCUACUCAAGACCAACUCUCAAAACAUUUACUCCUCUAUUAACCAACCACUUUGGCCAUUCUCUCUGCCAUCCUAAACUUCGCUUCCAGCAACUUCUGAAUUUUCGUUCAGGAUGAAGAACCUGACUUUUGCCUUGGUUAUAGCUAACCUCUUUCAUAGGAACCUCCCUCCCAAAAUUGUUCUUUUCAUCCUUCCCUUUUUUGCAUGUUUCCCACAAGUGGUUGUUCUGUCCAGUUCAACUGUAAAUUUGGAUUUCCCCUCCCCCGUCUUGCUGUUCCGCCUUAAUUUCUGCUUUUCAAAAUUCACUUCAUUUUUACUAAGAAGGCUUGCAGGAUUCUUUGUGAGCUAAGCUGUUUCUCAGCUUGCCUUUUCUUUAUUCAAGAAAAGCUUCCCUGUAUCAAGUUAGUUCUCUGUCCCUCUUCCUUGCUUCUUUAGUGCAAGAGCCUGGAAAAUAGGAGUGUGUAGUAUGAAGUGAUGAUCAUUGGGAUAAAGGGAAUCAACUGUAAAUUGGAAAAGUGACAUCUUCACACCUUCUGCUAAAAAUCUAUGAUUUGCAAAGAGAUGUAAGUAGACAUCCUAGCAGGUGUUCUUUCUGUAGCACUAGCCUAAGUAUUCAAGAAAGAAAGAAAAAUCCAUUUUUUUUCUUCUCUCCUCAGUUCCCAAACAACUAUUUGCAGCUGAUGGUUGUAGUAGACAAGUGGGAGGAAUGUCAGGAUGUCAGAGCCUUUCCCAGAAUCAGAAAAGAACAGAAUAUUGCUGAGUUAGGAAUUGUCUCUUGGUUUGAUAAAAUUGCUGACUGAUUACCACUCCCUGGAUCUGACAAGCUAGCUGAUCUGCUCUUGCAGACAGUAUAUUUUGCUGCAUUUUUGUGCAUGUUGAUCUUCCCUGAUUUCAGUCUACCUAAUGGAGAAAGGAGGUGCUUGGUGUUGAUCAAAAACAUAGAACAGCUUCUCAUGCUCCACAGUUGGUUAACACCUUAAAGCAAAUAUUUCAAAUAGUGUUAAGCAAUGGGAGAACCUGUUAUUUGGGAAGGGUUACAAGGAAAGAAGAUGAAAAAAAUAGGGUAGAUUUCUCUGUCAUACAUAAAGUGUGGGCCCCUAAUCUCUUGCUACAUUCUGUGUUUCCCCUUCCCCCUUCAUUUUAGAAGACUGGAUUAUUUCUAAAGAAACUACCCAGCAAUACCACCACCAGCAGCUUCCGUAAUGGCAGCAGGAGUAGCAGCAUGGCUGCCUUUUGCCCGAGCAGCAGCAAUAGGAUGGAUGCCAGUGGCCUCCAACCCUAUGCCAAAUGCACCUAGGCAGGAGAGGAAACGUAGUCAGGAUUCUCUGAUUGUGCUGAAUGUGAGUGGCACCCAGUUCCAGACCUGGCUGGACACCCUCGAACGCUAUCCUGAUACCCUUCUGGGCAGCUCAGAGAGGGACUUCUUCUACCACCCAGAGACACAGCAAUACUUUUUCGACCGGGAUCCUGACAUCUUCCGACACAUACUCAAUUUCUAUAGAACAGGAAAGCUACACUAUCCCCGUCAAGAGUGCAUCUCAGCCUAUGAUGAGGAGCUGGCCUUCUUUGGUAUUAUCCCUGAAAUCAUUGGCGAUUGCUGCUAUGAGGAGUACAAGGAUCGACGACGGGAAAAUGCUGAACGCCUUCAGGAUGAUGCUGAUCAGGAUAAGGCCAACGAGUGCCAUCUUCCUUCCAUGACAGCUCGAGAGAGGAUGUGGCGGGCCUUUGAGAAUCCACACACCAGCACACUGGCCCUGGUUUUUUACUAUGUUACUGGCUUUUUCAUUGCUGUUUCUGUCAUUGCGAAUGUGGCGGAGACUGUGCCCUGUGGGAUGACUCCUGGUGCCAUCAAGGAGUUAUCCUGUGGAGAGCGCUACGAUGUGGCUUUCUUCUGCCUAGAUACAGCCUGUGUCAUGAUCUUCACUGUUGAAUAUCUCUUGCGCCUGGUGGCUGCUCCCAGCCGGUACAAGUUUGUCCGUAGUGUUAUGAGCAUCAUUGAUGUCGUGGCAAUUAUGCCAUAUUACAUUGGUCUGGUGAUGACCAACAAUGAGGAUGUCAGUGGAGCUUUUGUAACCCUGCGUGUCUUCCGGGUCUUCCGGAUUUUUAAAUUUUCACGCCACUCACAGGGUCUACGCAUCCUGGGCUACACUCUGAAAAGCUGUGCAUCAGAGCUUGGCUUUCUCCUUUUUUCUCUCACUAUGGCCAUCAUAAUCUUUGCUACAGUCAUGUUCUAUGCUGAAAAAGGUUCGUCUGCCACCAAGUUCACCAGUAUUCCUGCUGCUUUCUGGUAUACCAUUGUUACUAUGACCACCUUGGGGUAUGGUGACAUGGUGCCGAAGACAAUAGUUGGGAAGAUAUUUGGUUCCAUUUGUUCUCUCAGCGGGGUCUUAGUCAUUGCUCUUCCAGUUCCUGUCAUUGUCUCCAACUUCAGUCGCAUCUAUCAUCAGAACCAACGAGCCGAUAAGCGCAGGGCACAAAAGAAAGCCCGGCUUGCAAGGAUCCGUGCAGCAAAGAGUGGGAGUGCAAAUGCUUAUAUGCAGAGCAAAAGAAAUGGCUUCCUCAGUAACCAGCUGCAGCUAUGUGGUGAAGAACAAGAGGCCUUUGUUAGCAAAUCUGGUUCUUCCUUUGAAAUCCAGCACCACCAUCUGCUUCACUGUCUGGAAAAAACCACGAAUCAUGACUUUGUGGAUGAGCAAACCUAUGAAGAAAACUGUAUGGAGGUUUCUACAGUCAACCGGCAAUCUAGCCAUAGUCCUUCUCUUUCUUCUCAACAAGGAGUGACAAGCUCUUGCUGUUCCCGACGACAUAAAAAGACAUUCCGCAUCCCAAACACCAAUAUAACCAGUAGCCGUCCAAGUAGUGUCCAAGAACUCAGCACUAUUCAGAUCAGAUGCAUGGAAAGAACACCUCUGUCAAACAGUCGAUCCAGUUUAAAUGCCAAAAUGGAAGAGUGUGUAAAACUAAACUGUGAGCAGCCUUAUGUAACCACAGCAAUAAUCAGCAUCCCAACACCACCUGUGACUACCCCGGAAGGAGACAAUAGACAGGAUACUCCAGAGUAUUCAGGAGGAAACAUCGUCCGAGUAUCUGCUUUAUAAAAACAAAGACCAUUGAGUAGCUGUCAAGAUUCAGAAGAUAGAGGGCUAUAUCUCUGGAUUAAACAGAACAGCCACAGAUAAUGGAAGGAUUCCAGAGAUACAAAGUAUUCUAACUUUUCAAUAUUGAACUGUGUGCAGUGAACAACCAAAUGAAAUUUCUAUAUGAACUGGACCUUUUCUGGAAUAAACUCUUGUGUGACUCUUUUCAUUUACUGUACGAGCACAAUGAAAUGUCUCCAAUUAAAGCUUCUUCUUACCAUGGGAUGUAGAAAAAAAAUCUUUUUAAUAAAAUACCUUUAAAAAAAACACAAAGACACAUACCACCAUUCAGACAGUUUAUUUUCCAGCCAAAUGCAAAAUUAAGGAUGGACCCAGUUUUGAUAACGUGUUCUCUUUUUUCCUAUUGAUAAAACAUGAACUCAUCAAUCAGCUGACAUCAAAAGAGAGAGAAAUGGCUCAUCCAGUACGUAUAUCGAUUGAAAGAAACAACUCAUAUGCAUGUGAAAAUUCUUUGAAGCUGUGAUCUGAAUUUACUUCUGUUGUUUACUUCAGACUAGGCAUGAUAACAUUUUACUGUAAAAAAGGGGCAUUUCUGUGCACUUAUAAAAGCUGAUCGUUAAUGUUCCAUGGUGUACAAAUAAUUUGCUGGAGAGGGGUGGGAAUGGGAAGAGAAAAAAUUCAUAUUCAAAACACACAUUAGUGAACUUGAGGUGUUCAGUUAGUUUAAUAUUUAUAAUUGUUUUCCCUUACUUCCUUGGUACUGUUACAACUGCAAUAAUUCAAUAUACAUCUGUUGUAUCAGGAAUCAGUCUUUUAUUUAUAUAACUGCACAAAGUCAGCUAUAAAAUAAAAACCCACAUUGAUAAUCAAUACGUUAUGUAACAUGAAAAAGUUUAAUGUUUUAAUCAUUUAAGGCCAACAAUAAUUCUGCCAACCUUUUUUGUUUUUCUCUUAUCCUACAAUUCUUCAAAGCCAAUCUUUGCUUUUCGUUAUUUGUUUUGUUCUCCUUUGAAUACAGUUUUCCUGUUUUUUUUAAAAAAACUUGAUCUAUAAGCAUCAUUCUAUAGUGUAUGUUUUCUGAAUUAAUUAAGUCUUCCUAAUGUGAUGUUACAAUGUAGCUGACAUCUGAUAUUAAAUUAACAUGGUGUAGCAUAAAGUCCUCUAAAACUGCUAUAUAAUGAUGUUAGAUAAACUAAGCACUGGAAGUCGUACAGAUAAGAUUUGCUGAAGAUUACAUAAAUCUGUCAAAUCUGUUCUGAAGCACUGGAUCAGAUAGCUUAACAGGGCAAUUCACAGUGAAGUGGAGUUUGAAAAAGUCAAGAUGGCUACCAUGACUACAUCAUCAAGGCCUGCCCCUUUUUUGCAUGAGACGCCAUUGCAGGACUAGCCCCAUCUUUACAUUUUUAAGUAUGUCCCUUCGUGGAUGCCCAAUAUUCUAAAAUGGAUUACAGUUGAAAUUUAAAGCUUUAGCUCAGAACUACAAGAGUGUAUUACUAUAAGAUCAGUACAUAUAUUUUAUCAUGUCUUUUUGUUUCACUAUCUAAAGGACUUUUAAAAUGCUGCUUUUUCAAAAACCCAGUUUCAAAAACCCAACUUUCUUCAACUGUUUCUUCAGUUAUUGUUAUCUGUUUAGGAAUGUGAUAGCUUCCUAUUAUUUCACCUUAUUAAUCAAAGCAGUUGACAAAAUAUAACCAAAUCUGGGAAGAUUUUCUAAAGAAAUUGAUAUAUGGGCCAAUAUGAAAUUGUAUUUAACCUGAGAAGUGUCUUUACCUGAAGUAUGGAAGAAUGUCUAUAAAUGUUUCACUGAUGUAAUACUAAAAAAAUUAUUCAGAUAGUCCUCAACUUACAAUAAUUCAUUUAAUCGCCAUUCAAAGUUAUGAUGGUGCUGAAAAAGUGACUUACAACCAAUUGUCACACAGUCUCCAUGGUCAUGUGAUCAAAAUGUGUGGCCUUGGCAACCACCGUUUAUUUUUUAUUUAUUCAUUUUUAUUUAUUUUUCUCCCAUAUUAUUUUUUAUACAUAGUUCAAGAUGGAGAACAUAUCUGAUGCUCCUUCCUCCUCAUACUUUCCCUACAAUGACCUGUGAGGUGGUUGGACUGAGAGAGAGAGAGAGACUGGUCCAAAGUCACCCAGCUGUCAUGAAUUUACAAUGGUCAGGUUAUUCACCAUUCAUGAUCUUCCUAGCUGGCUUCUGAUAAUCAAAGCCAAUGGGGGAAACCAGACUCAAUAAUCACAAUUCACUUAACAACCACAUUGAUUUACUUAGCAGUUGUGACAAAAAAAAGAUCAUAACAUUGAGCACAACUCACUUACCAACCAUCUCACUUAGCAAUAAAAGUUCUGGUCCCGAUUGUGGUCAUAGGUUGAGGACUGCCCGUACAUUGGAUGUUAGUGAUCAGACCGUUCUUCUGUGUUUCUAAACAAUCUAGUUUAAAUUACCUGCAACACUUGUAUUAUUAUGUGACCAGUGGUACAACCCAAAGCAUCUCAUUUCUCCAGUGCACUGGAGCAGGCUUUAGGGCAAGAUAUUCAUCCCAUAACUAUGAAUGGAUUUGCCUGGUCUUGUUGCAUUACUUUAGGGGUGAUUUUUCCCUGGGAAACCAGGCGGUAGAUAAACAGGCUGCAAUAGAAUCUGUGGUGGCUUUCUCAGAGGCCAGCCCAAACAAGAACUAAUACAAAUGGAUGUAACAUCUUAUAGCAAUAGCAAUUAACCUCUCUCCCUUUGAGCAGUAUACCUUUCAAUUGGACUGUUUCAGAGGAAACACAAACAUAAUAUUUAAUGCUAUAUUGCCACAUCUGGCUCUAAAAUUGGUUAAUAUAUUCCAUGCCAACUUCCUAUAAUAAUGUAGUCACAAGGUAGGUUCAAGGUAAAAAAAAUCAUAUUUCAUCCUCCCUUUCCAUCUUCUGGUUAUGAUUGAUCUUAGUAAAGAAUACAAAGUUGAUGUUAAUAAAGAGGAAAACUAUAAUUCAAAAUGUACAAUCUCUACUCACAGCUAUAUUUUUUAUUACUAACUCACUCUUUGUACUUUAUGCUAUAGGAAUUUGGGUUUUAGUAAUACCCAAAUAUUAAAUACAAUUUUGACCAGUUUCUUCUCUUGAAAUAUCACCGGGUACAUUAAUUACAUUUGUGGAUGCUACUUUGCCGACAGAAACUGACAGUCGCAAACAGCUCCUGGUGAGCAGUGAGCAGAAACAGAUUUUAUCACUGAACUGCUGAAUUCAGUCCACGAAUAGCAAUGGAGUGGUGUCCAAACUUCAUGUCUCACAAAGGGUCAGCCUAUUGCCCUAGCUUGUGCAUCAGGUAUUAUUGAUUUAUGGCUACAACCUGUUUCUUUUCCCAUAUUUUUUUCAGUCAAGGCCAACUCUAUUCUAAAUUAGGAGCUUUAUAAGCCAAUUCUGACAUUCCGGGAUUUAAAAAUUUAGUCUUCGGUAAUGCUCUGAGAGCAUAAAUGGGAAAGCUGGAACACCAGUACUUAGAGAACAGGAUACAGUCUAGCAUUAUGUUUGUCUUGACUCCUCUGCUCUUGUGUUUGAUAAAAUUUUGCAUAAUGCUAGACAUCCAUCACACAGCUACUAUCAUUUUCUCUGAAAUGCAGAAGCUAAACAUUGUUUUAGGUGAUUUAAAUGCUUUUUUUUUUUUGUAGUGAAUGACUUGCGACUGUGUAAAAUGCAUCUGUACUGUAAAUUAAAUGUAAUUAUUUCUGUGUG